UGUUAUGGGAAGGUUUUCAGCCUCCAGUUUCUUCAAACGUCCACAUUCACACUCAUACACAAACAACACUCUCUUGGUUCAGCUCUUUCUGUCAGCAUGAGUUUUCCACUGGUGAUUCUGCUCUGUGUGGGACUUCUGCAGCAGACUGCGAGGGCCGUCCAUAUGGAUAAACUAGCAGACAACAAGAUUUGUGGAGAUGCAGAAUGCUCAUAUGUUGUAUCCAUGGCCACAGUCCUGGAUGACUUCAUAGCUCCUGACUGCAGAUUCAUCAACCUUAGGCUGGGUCAGAAGGUUUAUGUGUAUUCUAAACUCAUACCAGAGGAGGGAGCCGGAGUCUUCUGGUCUGGAAGUGUUUACAGUGAGCGCUACGUGGACCAGAUGGGCAUCGUUGGAUACUUCCCUGCAACUAUGGUGAACGAGACACAGAAGUUUAUUGAAAACACCGUCAAGGUUGCCACAACUAACAUGGACUUCUACUGUAAUUAAGAUUUGACAGACUGAAGCCGCUUUGUUCUGCUUUAAGUAGCUAUCGCUUUUAACAAAAAGAAGAGAAGACAGUUCUUCACUCAAGCCAGUGUCAGACCAUGUCCCAUUACAUCCUGUGGUGUUGUCUCCAGCUGGAACAGAAACUUUGACACUCCAUAGCCCACAGCCUGACAUUUAUCUGUCCGUCUUGCUUUGUCUAAACAAGUCACUUUGCUCAAUAAAACAUUUUUUGCACUGUCAA